UUGAGGACUGGGGUCCCAGUCGUGGCCAGGGCGUCUCAGGGCCCCGACACAUUUCUGUCCAAAAGUUUGCAGCGUCUGGGCAUCAGGGACGUUGUAACUUGAACAGCAUAUUUUAAGUGACUUGGGGCAAAAAAUGGCACCGCAGGAUUUGCUCUGAUAGAAGCGAUGGCUCAUGCACAUUAUUUACUUGGAAUCUAAAAGUUUUGGGGUCUUUGCCUAAUGAAUUUCCCCCCUUUACAAUUUUUAUUGAAGGCCGACGACAGUUUGCUGUGCAUGUUGCUUUGAAUACCCUUGUGUGCUCUUAGUACAUGAUACCAAUAACGUGUGUGCGCUGGAGAUGACUUGUAUUAAGGUUGCCGAUAACUGAACCCUUCCCUGUAAUUCUUAGAUUCACAGGGGAUGUAAGUUAAGUGCCUUCUGUUGUGUUUCAGUACGUGACUGAAGAGGCUCGUUAAAGAAAGAUUUAGACAGGAAUGCUGACCGAGAGACUUAAAGGCAUAUGUUGUUCUCUUAACAGGGUGAAGUGAUCCUGAUAUUCCGAAGUUUUUUCCUCUCUUUGGUUCCUUAAAGGUGACUUUACUUCCUUCAAAAUGAUUAAGAUUUUAUGAUAAUUGUAUGAACUUUCCAAAGUGCUUAUGUUACCAAAAAUGGCAUUUAGAAAAGUUGUUCCAGUGUGUACUUUUAAGACUAUGAGUGCCCAUUUCCCCCACAUUUUAGACUUCCAGAUACAUUUGUUGGAAAAGAAGACAAAGUCAAUUGGAAAACUGUUGGAAUUUAUGGAGUUCUGUAAAGUGGCUAGAUGUGGAGAACUCCCCUCCUCCUGAAAUGAAAGAAAAAAAUUGGGAAAGAUAGAUAUUUCAGAACUAUUAGACAAGUCAGAAGAUGAGUGCAAAAAACAGCAACACCUAAACCAAUGAUGGUGAAGUGUUAUAAGUGAAAUCUCAGACUGUGAGUCUUCAGAUAAUGAUUUCUUCUUAAACUUGGAAUUAAUGAGGAAACAAUAUUUCGAAAGACAAAGAUGAACAUGACCAUAGUGUUAGUUUGUGAGAAUGGCUGACUUCUUAUCCUUUAAGACCCAGUGUAUAGAACCACCUCAUUGAUGCCUUUUUGAACUACAGCAGGUAAUUAGCAAAAGAUGGUGGAUCGCUUGGCAAACAGUGAAGCAAAUACUAGACGUAUAAAUAUAGUAGAAAACUGUUUUGGAGCAGCUGGUCAACCCUUAACUAUACCUGGACGGGUUCUUAUUGGAGAAGGAGUAUUGACUAAAUUGUGCAGAAAAAAGCCCAAAGCAAGGCAGUUUUUCUUAUUUAAUGAUAUUCUUGUAUAUGGCAAUAUUGUCAUCCAGAAGAAAAAAUAUAACAAACAACAUAUUAUUCCUCUGGAAAAUGUCACUAUUGAUUCCAUCAAAGAUGAGGGAGACUUGAGGAAUGGAUGGCUUAUCAAGACACCAACUAAAUCAUUUGCAGUUUAUGCUGCCACUGCCACUGAGAAAUCGGAAUGGAUGAACCACAUAAAUAAAUGUGUUACUGAUUUACUCUCCAAAAGUGGGAAGACGCCCAGUAAUGAACAUGCUGCUGUCUGGGUUCCUGACUCUGAAGCAACUGUAUGUAUGCGUUGUCAGAAAGCAAAAUUCACACCUGUUAACCGUCGUCACCAUUGCCGCAAAUGUGGUUUUGUUGUCUGUGGGCCCUGCUCUGAAAAGAGAUUUCUUCUUCCCAGCCAGUCCUCUAAGCCUGUGCGGAUUUGUGACUUCUGCUAUGAUCUGCUUUCUACAGGGGACAUGGCCACAUGCCAGCCUACUAGAUCGGACUCUUACAGUCAGUCAUUGAAGUCUCCUUUAAAUGAUGUAUCUGAUGAUGAUGACGAUGAUGACAGCAGUGACUAAGGACAUAUUUUGAGGUUUUUAAUUGGGUGUGACUAUCUGAGAAGUCAGCUUUAGGGAGAAUGUAUAAUUCUGAGCUCUCUCUCAAUUUUGCUGUAGCCAUGAAUUUGCCUGAGAAACUUUUAACCUAUGUGCCUCAAUAUAUUUUCUAGAAAAUAGGUCCUGUUGUCAUUCCCCUCACCCCCACACUGCCACCCAUCCCCACAGCUUCCCACUCUCCUACAGGGAUAGCCUAUUGCAAAUAUAGCACAUCAAGUUUUGGUUUCUUUUUCUUGUUUAAUUUUAGAUUAUUUUCUUGGAAGAUCGGGAAAAGGUGUUUAUUUAACAGAUCAUGUACUACAUUGUUUAUUAUAUGUUCUGUUAUAUGGAAAAACUAAAAGCAAAGAAUGAUGGAGAAAGGAGUAUAAUGUGAUUAGUUAAUAAUAUUAUAAGCUUUUUUCUAACCAUUCUGUCUAAUGGUUAAGACACCAGUAAAAAAAAUACAUGAUUUGGGAAUACUUUGGCUUUUUCAUAUACCAAGUGGUGCCUUAUAAUAGCACUGUUACAUGAAACAAACCCCUACUUUCUCACUUUUUAGUUUGUUUUAAAAAUACACUGGUGCUCUUUGAGGUGAUAAAAUGAGUGUUUAUGAAUGGAUAUAAUUAGAAAAUACUUGUCAUCUGACAGCUACAAAUAACUAAAUUUAGAGGUCAUUCUAUAUGAAUAAAUCUUUUCCAUAAAAGUUAUAUUUUUAUGUUUUAUAGGUACCAAAUUAUAAUCGUCAAAUAUACAUUUUAAAUUAAUAGGUCAUUCUUAGGAAUUUGGUUUGAAAUUUAUACAAUAUAGAAUUUUCAUAUUGCAUUGGUUUCUGUUUUUAGUAAGACAUAGGUAUAAAUUCAUCUUGUUUUAAUAUUUCUGUAAUGAAAAAUCUUAUAAAUCCUUUAAAUAGAUUAAAAUCCUAUGAUAGAGCACAGAUCUAUUUAGGCUAAGAUUUGGAAGAAAUAAUAUGUAAAAACGGCCAAGACAGACCAGUAAGGGUUGACUAGACUUCUGUGGAAGUAUUGUCUAUUUCAGUGUGGAACUAUCUUGAAUUUACAAAUAUAGUGUUAUAUUUUAUUAAGUUUUGUAAAGUCCCAAACAAUAUUUCUAUUUUUGUAAAACAAUUCUUUGUUUAAUCUGUUUCUGAAAUCGUUUGCAAUGUAUGGAACUAGAGUAGCAAUUGAUCUUUCUAAAUUGUGAACUUGACCAAGUCACUAGAUUGCUUUUGAGAAGUGUUAAUUUUUCACUCUGCUUUGAGGCAGCCAUUAGGUUGAAAGUAUAUUUAUCAUAUAAAACUUGAUGCAUUUUGCACUACUCCAUUUGUAUGCUGCAAAUAACUAGUCUUUCAAAUAUGAAAAAUCAGUCUAAAGAUUGUUUUAAAUCCUAAAUUCUUUUGUUUUUAAACCUUUAAAUCUGGAUAUAUUGCAUAUGUUAUGAGAGGUUUGAUUCAGUAAGUUGUGAUGGAGGAUUCUUUGGAUUGGUUAAGGCACUAACUUUACUGUUACAUUGUGAAAGCACCUGAGAUAUGUAGGUCUCCCUAUAGGAAAUGUGAAAGAAAGGCACAAUAAGUUUGUUUUCGUAUCAGAUGGACUUUUGUUUCCAAGCAAUAGAUCAUAUAAUCAACAUAUCUGGAAAGGACCAUGAAACCUGAGAAGUGCUAAUGGAGACUUAUGGUACAUAGGAGCCUAGCAGAGUUAGAAACUAAGGGGAAAUAUUUGUUCUGUGGUAACAUUUGCAUUGUCAACCUCUUGACUUUUUUUUACAAUAAAAAAUGCUUUACAACUUAACUUCUGUUCUGAGCAUAUGUGACUUGAAGAUUUCUUCCCUCUUACUAAGGUAAUGGAAAUAUGCAUUUUUUGCUCAUUCAAACAGCUGUGAGUGCCUUCAUUGUACCAGGCAUUGUUCUAGGCCCUUGGGGUAAAGCAGUGAACAAAAAUUCUCCCCUUUUCAUGGAGUUUACAUGCAAGUAGAAUCCAUGUGUUUUCUUCUGGAUUCUUUUCUGUAAUUUUUAAAGAUUUUAUAAAUCUUAGUUUUAUAUAAACCUGAAAUGAU